AUGACGGACACCCUGCUGAUGCAGACACAGCUGCGCUCCAUCACGUUUCUCCUCAGCCAGCAAAGCAAGCUGGCACGGUGCAAAGUCUCUGCCGGCUGCACAGGGCAGAAACUGGGGCCUGCGGGGAUUUGGGGGCUGAGGAAGCCCCAGCCCGCGCUCUCCCCGCAGAGCCUGCCCCUCAACCCGAAGCCCUUCCUCAAUGGGCUGACGGGGAAACCGGUGAUGGUGAAGCUGAAGUGGGGGAUGGAGUACAAGGGCUACCUCGUCUCCGUCGACGGCUACAUGAACAUGCAGCUUGCGAACACAGAAGAGUAUAUCGAUGGUGCGCUGUCUGGACACCUGGGAGAAGUUUUGAUAAGGUGCAAUAACGUUUUGUACAUCAGAGGUGUGGAAGAAGAGGAAGAAGAUGGAGAAAUGAGAGAAUGAUGUUUUGUAUGUCUGGAAAUAAAGUUUUUUUUCUUUUUUUUUUCUUUUCCACAA